AUGACGGAAAGAUACAGCUUUAGUUUGACAACUUUCAGGUACUUUUUAUUCCUUUUUUUCUUUUCCUUUUCCCUCAUUUAUGGUUUGAAAUUAAUUGAAAACAGUCUAGCUAAUUGUCUACGGAAUUAGAUGGAGAUUGAGGGAAAAAUAUCCAUGAAAUCGAUGGCUGGAUUUUCGGCUUUCGAUGAAAACUUUGGGUUUUUGGUUAAAAAGAGAGGAUGAAAUUAAUCACAUUGUCUUGCUGUUAAUUUUUUCUUACUCCCUAUGAAGGUUUUUUUGACGGUUGUAACACGUUAAAGACGUUAAAUAGUGAAGAUGUUUUAAUUGCCCAUCGAUUCUUUCGUAGUCAUGGUUAAGCUCCAGUAUAGUUAGCACGUGUCAGCUGGUUAGGUGUUUUCGAAUGUCAAUUUCACUGGGGCAAAGACAGGGGAAUUUUAAAGUCUUAAACAGUACUAGCCUGCCCAUCAGAACAAUUUUGUUUAAACAAUGAAUGGAAAAGAAAACAGACAUAAGCACAGUAUCUUUUAUCAUCAAACUUGUUUGCAAUCAUCCCCUUGAUCCUGUUGACUGUGGAGGAAGGUAAGGGUGAGGGAUGGGGGUUGUUGAGAUCUGGAGCUUCUUAUUCUGAAUGAGUCUGGAUUCAUUUUUUUGGUAGCCAUACUCCCUAGAAGCCUAAAUUCUCUACCGUACCCCAGAGCAGGGAACCCAGACAUGGGAGUUAACGUUUAUCCCUAUUGAAGAAAAUAUCUUGUCUUUAUUCUUCUUUUUUACUAUCACAGUUUUCUCUAUGAUCACAUCUUUCCUUCCUUUUUGCCCUUCCCCCCCUUAUCAUCAGUGCCAUGACCGCCAGUGGCAGCAUUUUGUGUGUUCUAAUUUUUACCAAUUUAUUCUGUCUCCAAUAAUCUCUAGUCCCUCAGGAAAGCUUGUCCAGAUUGAAUAUGCUCUGGCAGCAGUUGCUGCAGGAGGACCUUCAGUGGGAAUAAAAGGUAAACUGACAUGCCAACAUCAACUUCAUAAAAUGUCUUUUGAGUGUUAUCAAUGCAUUAUCCAGUACAGUAAAAUCCCCCUGUACGGACACCCGCUUAAAACCGACAGUCAUGUGUACCAGAGAUUAUGUUUGUCUUUACGAAAAGCUCUUUUUCUUCUCUAAAAUUACCCUGAUUACUACAGACACAGGUUAAUAUGGACAGUGGACACUUUUCUGGGUCGUGAGUUACAAACUCUCAUAUAUCGUCUAACCCCCUUUUACGGACACUGGUUACCUGCACAUUGUGUAUUUCAUUGUCACAAUCAUGUGCUAAUUGCAGACAUUGUACUCAGUUAUGAUGAUGACAGAUUUCUAUGAGUUAAAAUGAUUUUAGUAGCAAAAUUGCGUGACAUCUUUCUUCCCCAGUUUGACCCUUGUACUGAAGCCAUUAAACAAAGUUUUUACCUCCUGCUACACAGUUUGACUUUCUUAGCAUUUUGCUGUAGUCUGGGUCCCACCAUUCUUCCUCUUUGUCUGUUUUAGGCUUAAUACAAACACCCGGAUACUAUGGACUUUAAUGACAUGUUCACAUUAAGUAUUGUAAAAGCUCACCAAACUACCAAACCGAUGGCCUUCAACAAAUCAACAUCCCUUGUUUGCGUUCUCAGAAAUCAGAAAAAUGGUGUCAGAAAACUGAGUUGGCACUGCUUGUGGUUUUACUGUAAACGUGAUUGCCUUUAUUUUUGUACUGUCACAGACACAGAAGUUUUGCUUUUUUUUUUCAGCAUCAAAAGAGUCAAACCAUAGUGUAGUUCAGAUAGUUUAACUGUAACUCAGUCUAUAAAUAUUUUAUAAGUAUAGUAGAUAAAUGGAAUGGCUCAGACAUAUACCCCUUGUGAAGGAAAACAGGGAGACACUUUUUAGCUCUGAAGGAGCUGAUGAUACAUGUAGGAGCACCUAAAGCAUGAGCCUCUAGGAGGUUCCCCCAGAAAAUUUUGCUAAUUAAGGUUCUCUUAAGUGCCAUUUCCUUCAUUUUGACAUAAUUUCUGAGUUAUUGUAUAAGGUUUUUAUUCUUAUCACAUUGUGAUAUUUUGAACAAUUAUUCCUUGAGCCCGAAUGGGCUCUGAGUCAAUAGCCCAUGAGGCCUGAAGGCCGAAUGGGCCAUAAAAUCCAACUAGUUGGUCAAAAAUUUCGAGAAUAAAAAACUUUUAGCUAGUUAAAGCUAGACUUUAACCCUUUUUGCCGCCAAAAUGCCCCCACUUUUCGCUACUAGUGGGCUAUAACAUAUAGCCUAGUAGUAGCCCAACCAAUCAGAAUGCAGCAUUGAUAAUAGACCACAAGUUGGAUUUUACUAAAAUGCUUUAGCCUCAGUAGAACCGUUGAACCUAAGGAAAAGUUUUGAAAGGUUACAAGCAACUUAGCUUGUCAAUUCACUUAUCCUUACAUUUAUGUAUGUGUUAUUUCUUAAGCCUCCAAUGGAGUUGUCCUUGCUGCUGAGAAGAAACAGAAAUCGGUUCUCUACGACGACAGCACAAUCAACAAAGUGGAAAUGGUAACCAAAAAUGUUGGUAUGGUUUACAGUGGAAUGGGACCAGACUAUAGGUAUGGAUGAAGGAUGAUGGACCUUGAUGGAUUGAGGUUUUAGGGUUGAUUUAACUUUUGCCAUAUUAAACACUGUCCUGAUCACCUAAUAAGCUCCACCAAUAUAAUUUAACUCCUGGUAGCCCUGGCUAUUAGAACCCGUUGGCCCCUGGGAAAUUAUUUUUCCUUGGGGUGACAAAAUGUAACUUAUACUGUUUGCAGGUAAAAUGUGUUCUCACAUUAAACCAUUAGUCAACCUAUGUUAGCAACCUACGUUAGUGUGAUUCAGAAUUUCUUUUGUUUCCUAGCCUGAAUUAUUCAUAGGAGACAAAUGAAAUUCUUUUAUGACCUGAGAACUGAUUUUGUGUUAAGCAUAAACACUUAGCACCCAAGAUUUGAUAAGUUCAGAGGGUUCACACUUAUACCUUUUCUUUGAUGACAUCCUUGACUAGUAUUAGUAAUGAUAACAAAGCACACUAAGCAAAACUUUUUAUCUUAUCUUACCUAAUAAAAAAUUAACUUGAUUUUUGCAGUUAAGUGUACUUGUUGCUCGCAUAUGUAUGAUGUCAAAUGGUAUGCUUCUUGUCUUGCAGAGUUCUUGUACGUCAUGCAAGAAAGAUUGCCCAACAGUAUUUUUUAAUGUAUCAGGAAGAAAUCCCUACCGCUCAACUGGUUCAAAAGGUUGCAUCUGUUGUUCAAGAAUAUACUCAAUCAGGGUAAAACAAUGUUUAUUUCUUUCUGUGUGAAGUAUCAUGUCUGUACUCCUUUGGUACUUCUGCAGAAUUUAUUAUUAUUAUUUUUUUGAACAGUUUUUAUUGAAUUACUGCACUUUUCACAAAAAUGCAAAUUCUGAAGUUCAAAAGCCACCUGACGAUUGUGUUUUUCGCUGCUGUUAAUCAUCUUAACGGACCUCUUAGGAAACAAAACUUUACUUUAAUGGGUUCAAAAGGUCAAGGUUUGUGACUUGUGAUUGGUGGAUUUCGAUCCGUUUUGUGUGUUUCUGUGUUUCCAGGUUCGUUGCUUGUGAUCGUAAUUAUGAUUGAUGGCAGCGAAAAACCUAAUUGUGAAGGCGGCUUUUGAACUUUAGAGUUUGCAUGUUUGUGAAAAGAGCAGUAAAGACAACUUUUACAAUGUUAUUUAAGAAUAAACUUUAAUUAAAUCAAUCAAAUUAUACAAUUCUACUUUAAAAAAGAAAAAAGAAAAAGGAUAACAAUAACAACGAAAAAUAUAUAUAUAUAUUACAACAACUACGAUAACAAUAAAGAUGCCUGCUAAUUUUUACGAACCUCUGUGUAUCAACUAUUACUAAGUGCAUUAGUUAGCUUCUCCCACUUUUGAAAAUGAAAAAUUUAUAUAAAUGAAGAAUUUAUACGCUUCAGCCAGACUCCACUCACUGAACUACUGGAGACUAUAACAGUGGCUUUUGAUGUGAAAACAUUUCAGAAUAUUUUUUUACUCUUCUAGAAUAGAAGAGUAUGGAAAUAAAUGCGCGUUAUCAUUUUCAGUGGUUCUGGAAAUAAAAGGCAAAUUUCCUUUAAGCUCAGUAGUUGAUGUUAUAAAAUAAUAUAAUAUUGUGAAAAGUAGCUUGUUGCAGGACUUUAAAGGUGCUAACAUUGCUCAUCAUGUCUAUUUUCAGUGGUGUGCGGCCAUUUGGUGUGUCUCUUCUUGUUGCUGGCUGGGAUGACGACAGACCUUAUUUAUUUCAGUGUGAUCCUUCUGUAAGUCCAAUUAUAUUGUUUUUUAACCUUUCCAACAUGGCUUUCAAUAAGACCUGGAACACCAUUCGGAGUUCCAGCAUAUACAUGUAUGUAUAUUUUGUUGUGAGUCACCACCUACACCAACGCAUGCUAGAUCUGCCCCAGAUUGAGAACUACUUUAGCUUGCUCUGACCUCCCCUCUCCCGCCCCAUCAAUCUUGUAACAGUUAUUGUAACUGCCAAGCUUAAGCUUAACUGUCAAGCUUAAGUGAUAAAAAGUUCUUAAAGUUUUGAAAACUGUUUCUGUUGUUCAGACCUUGCUGAGAGUACCUGAAACAUGAUUUUGGCCAUGUUGACUUUUGAGCUAACUCUCCCCACAUGUGUUAUGGGAAAUGUAUAGAGAAUGGAGAGGAGAAUAUCCAUACUGAUAUUGUGGAUUGAGCAAGUUUUGUUAAGCAAUCUCAUAUUUUUGUUUCAGGGCUCCUAUUUUGCUUGGAAGGCCACAGCCAUGGGUAAAAACUAUGUGAAUGGCAAAACAUUCCUUGAAAAGAGGUACAACAUUAUUUUUAUUUUAUUUGGUGUACAGUGUAAUUUAAGUAUUAAUUUACGUUUCUGGGAAACUGCCCACCUACCCCUCCCCUAAGCCAAGAGUAACACUUACUUCUCAGUUGGGGCUUAGGUGAGGGGUGGGUGGGUAGUUUCCCAGGGAACCUAAAUUGAUGAAGUGAAAUGGCAUUAUUUUUAUUUAUGUUGGUUGUUCCCUAUCUUUCCAGAUACAAUGAGAAUUUGGAACUAGAGGAUGCCAUUCACACUGCUAUUUUAACUCUCAAGGUAAGAAUCAGCCAGUUGUAAUUUAAACUUUUCAAAAGAAAUGUGCUAGUUAAAACACAAUUAUGUAUUUGUUUGAUUUAUUACAGCAAAACCUCUGCUUAUGGUUAAGAAAAGUUGACCUACCCAUCAGCCCAUGUACAUGUAGAUAAGCUCAUUGCUCGUCUUGCAAAUCUGACGCUUGCUUGGCGAGCAUCCCUUACACUUUUGUAGCCUGUGAACAGGCUCACUUGUGGAAUUCAGGGAAAAUUUUGAGCCUAACUACUGCUACUGCCUUUGGCGCUCUCGUGGUUGACUUGUGGCAAGUCUACAUCUGCGGUUGAUAAGAAAAAAAUGACAAGGCAACUAUACCGAGUCAGGUUCCCAGUCUACUUAUGAUUGAUCAUCCACUCUUUCACUCCUUAUAAAAAUGUUAUAACCUGCAUCUUUCUUUUUCACAGGAGAGUUUUGAGGGACAAAUGACAGAAGACAACAUUGAAAUAGGAGUAUGCAAUGAUCAAGGCUUCCGUCGUCUUACUCCUGCAGAAGUGAAAGACUAUCUUGCCUCUAUUGUAUCUUAAAGUUAAAUUUUUUCCUGUUGUAAGUUAAGAGCAAUCUCCUUUUCACAACCAGCUAGUAUUAAAGUUUCCUUUUGUGAUGUGUGUAUAUUAUGUCUUUUUGUCUAGGAACGAGGUGAAACUUUGAUAUAUAGUUAAUUCUCCUAAGAAGGACACGUUGAUGGUUCUGGACCGACCCAUACAGUCCGUCUUAGACAGAGUUGAAAAAUGGGACACCAGUAUAAGAAGCUAAGGCUGUGGGACGAAUGCAGGUUUUUAGUAGAGGGGGUUUGAUGAAAGAGGGCUGCCUUCUGCGGUCCCCCUGUAGGGGGUCCGGGGGCAUUCUCCUCCGGAAAAUUUUGAAAAAUUCAAGUCCUCGGAAACGCGGUUCCCGCCAUUCUGAGGCAAAGUCAACGUGUUUUAAUAUCUCAUUUUUGAAAGUGAAAAUGCCA